AUGGCUGUCGAUUGCAAGCGGGCAAAGAAGAUACCAAAUUACCGUAUAGAUGCGCAUACAAUCGCGCCAAUCCAUCCUUUAGGUGUCAAACCGUCAGGAAAUAUAUACCUUCACAACAAUCUUAAAGAACUUGACCUUUCGAGGAAAAGGCAACUUGGACACCUAGCGGCGCUGAGUGAAGAGAUAUUAGCACUGGCGCUAUCUUUUAUCGACAGUCCAAGUGACUUGGUUAGCUUGGGGCAUUCUUCGAGAGUACUAUACGCUUACACUUACAAUGAAGAGCUGUGGAGAAAGUUGUACAUUGAUGAGUUUAUGCGCCUUGAGGCCAAAGGAGGUAAUGUUCCGAACAGCAGUGGUUACCAUCCAUAUGGAUGUAGAAAAUGGAGAGGAUCAUGGAGGAAAACCUUGCUUAAACUCGAUGAAGAAGCUCUGAUUCAAGUCAAUGAUUUGGUUUUUUCGGACUUCUUAUAUAGGCCAUAUCAAUGCUCAAAAAUCGACUACGAAUAUCUCUUCAAAAGAGUGAUUGCAUUUGAAGAGAACUCGAGUGCCUUGCGCCACACUUUGAAUCCAGAAUUCGGCGUUGAGCGUAUCAAAGAAGCGGAUUUGACACUCGAGACUUUUGAAAGGUCGUACUGCAGCAAGCCAUUCAUCCUAUGUGGUGAAGGGGAUGAAAAAAGAUGGCCCUUGUGGGACCUCGAAUAUCUGGUGGGUAGAUUCGGUGACAUCAACUUCCGUCAAGAGGCGGUAGAAUGGAAGUUAUCAUAUUACGCCAACUACUCUAGAAACAACAAUGACGAGUCGCCUUUGUAUCUUUUUGACUGUAGCAGCGAGGCGAUUCAGACACUUAAAGGGGAAUACAUGGCCCCGAAGAUCUUCACUUAUGAUCUUUUCAAAGCUUUUGAAGGUCAAGAAAUUAAUUGCCGGCCCGAUCAUAGAUGGCUCAUUGUUGGUAAGGCGGGUAGUGGUUCAACCUUUCACAAAGAUCCUAAUCAAACGUCAGCCUGGAAUGCGGGUUUGACGGGAAAGAAGCUGUGGAUGAUGCUCCCACCAGAUGUCAAGCCGCCUGGGGUAUCGACCGACAAGGAAGAAGAAGAAGUCACGUCGCCAGUUGGGGUUGGCGAAUGGGUUCUGUCAGGCUACUAUAAUGAUGCAGUCAAGUUGGCCCAAGAGGGAAAAUGUCAAAUUGCCGUGACAUUUCCAGGCGAAUGUAUAUAUGUGCCUUCUGGGUGGUGGCAUACUGUAAUAAAUCUUACAGAUUCGGUGGCUUUAACAGAAAACUUUGUCCCGGCACCUAUCCUUUCGAAGGUUCUACUAUUCUUCAAGAACAAAAAGAAGCAAAUAUCUGGCUUCCAUCUGCAAGAUACGGUGAAUGCAAUGAAAAGGUUCUUGUCAGCACACCCAAUGAAAUCAGAUUCUUCUCCAAAUUAUGAAGUCAUUGAGAAUUUCUUGGAAAAGUGCAGACACCAUGCCUUGAACAACGAAGACUGUGGGCUAAUUGACUUAGACCUGGAGCCUCCAAUUUUCGAAUUUUUUGUGGAACUAGUGAGAGAAUCAAAAUAUGGUAAACAUACAGAAAGAGCCCUUGCUGAUAUGCACGAGCUGGAGGUCAAUGCAGCCCGACAAGAGGCUAGAACAAAUCCGCCAGCGACGAAGACUUCAGAAGCAUGGACCAACCUAGCAGCAGAAUCAGGUUCUAAUUUCAGCUUUGGUUUUAGUUUUGAAGAAACCGCGUAG